GUCGCGGCCGCCGCCCUGCCUUUGAAGUGCGCACGGCGGGGCCGGGCCGGGAGCGGGAAGGAGAGGUGGAGUGGAAGCGGUGCGAGGCGGCGCUUGAAGGCAAGAUGGCGCCGGCAGCGAAGGGACUGAAGAGCUUGGUGUGGCAGAAGCUGAAAACAUCAGUAUUUGAUGACUGCAGGAAAGAGGACGAAUGGAAGAUAAUUCUUUUAGAUGAUUACACUACUAAAUUGCUGUCACUAUGCUGCAGAAUGACUGACCUACUGGCAGAGGGAAUCACAGUGGUGGAGAAUGUCUAUAAAAACCGUGAGCCUGUCCCACAUAUGAAAGCAAUAUAUUUAAUAACUCCCACCAAAAAGUCUGUGGAUGGACUUAUUGAUGACUUCAUCACUAAAUCAUCCAGCAGAUACAAAGCAGCAUAUGUUUAUUUCACUGACUUUUGCCCUGACAACCUCUUCAAUAAAAUCAAGUCUUGUUGUGCAAAAUCAAUAAGAAGAUGCAAGGAGAUCAACAUUUCCUUCUUCCCUUAUGAGUCUCAGGUAUUUACUCUCGAUGUCCCGGAUGCAUUCUACCGCUGUUACAGUCCAACUCUGGAAAAGACAAAGGAUAAAGAUGCUGUAAUGCAAGUUAUGGCUGAACAAAUUGUUACCUUAUGUGCCACACUAGAUGAGAAUCCAGGAGUACGAUACAAAAGUGGACCAACUGAUAAAGCCAGCAAGCUUGCACAACUUGUUGAAGAAAACCUUGAAAACUAUUACAAGACAGAUGAGAAAAGCCAAAUAAAGACUAAAACACACUCCCAAUUAAUAAUAAUUGAUCGUGGCUUUGACCCGGUAUCGACUGUGCUUCAUGAACUCACGUUCCAGGCAAUGGCAUAUGAUCUUCUACCCAUUGAAAAUGAUACUUACAAAUACAAAACAGAGGGAUCUGCUGGGAAGGAACGAGAAGCAAUUCUGGAGGAAGAUGAUGAACUCUGGGUGAAGAUGCGGCACAAACAUAUUGCAGAUGUGAUAGAGGAAAUACCAAAACUUUUGAAAGAAGUUUCAGCAAAAAAAAAGGCAACAGAGGGAAAAUUAUCAAUAUCUGCUCUGGCCCAGUUGAUGAAAAAGAUGCCUCACUAUCGCAAAGAGAUCAGUAGGCAAGUUCUUCAUCUCAACUUAGCAGAAGAUUGCAUGAACAAGUUCAAGUCUAACCUGGAACGGCUCUGUAAAAUUGAACAGGACUUGGCUCUUGGAACUGAUGCAGAAGGUCAAAAAGUGAAAGACUCAAUGAGAGUCCUCCUUCCAGUUCUGCUCAGUAAAAAUCAUGAGAACUAUGACAAAAUAAGAGCUAUUCUCCUGUAUAUCUUCAGCACAAAUGGAACUACCCAGGAGAACUUGGACAAACUGAUCCAGAAUGUACAAAUAGAAAGUGACAGUGAUAUGAUAAGGAAUUGGCAAUACCUUGGUGUUCCUAUUCUCACUUCAUCUGGUGCCCUGCAGCAUAAACACCCAAGAAGGGACCGUUCUUCAGAAGAAACUUUUCAGAUCUCUAGGUGGACUCCUGUUAUCAAGGACAUUAUGGAGGAUGCUAUAGAGAACAAACUAGACUCAAAAGAGUGGCCUUAUUCUUCCCAGUGUCCUCCUACCUGGAAUGGCUCGGGAGCAGUAAGUGCACGCCAGAAACCUAAAGCUAGCUACCAAGAGGGGCGAAGGAGUAGCGCAAGACUGAUCAUAUUUGUGAUUGGAGGCGUGACGUACUCCGAGAUGCGCUGUGCUUACGAAGUUUCUCAAGCCCACAAGUCCUGUGAAGUUUUUAUUGGUUCUACUCAUAUUUUGACACCAAAAAGACUGCUGGAUGAUGUGAAGAGCCUUAGUAAACCAAGGGAUGUGGUCUGCAUUAAGGAUGAAUAGAAAUGGUGAUGUUUAAGGUACAUUAGGAAAAGACAGAUACUAUGUGUGUAUUCUUAUGGAACUGACUUGUCCAGGUACUGUACAAGGGCCCUUCAUGGUUCUGACUAAUAGAUUGUCAUUCUAUAAUUGAAAUUUGCUGCUUUUUUGGGAGGGGAGUAGAAGGCAAAGUAAGAAGAAAAUCAACACAUGAUUCUUAAGUGGUGUUUAGUAUAGACUCUGCUGCACUUGUACAUGCUUUUUCAGAAGGGCAUGUUUGUUCCUAACAAACCAUGCUAAAAAUUGCCAUGAUUUUAUAUAAACUGGAAUUGUCUUUGAGCACUGUGAAGUCCUUCUCUAAUGGGGUUUGUUUCUAAAAAUGACUGAAUUAAAAAGAUCAUGGGUAGAGGCUACAGAAAAAAAACUUGUAAAUAUGAGUUUAUGGUAAAAUUAUUUAAUGUAAGUCCUAAAAGAAUAAUUUCUGUAAAAUGACUCACUAGAAGUUCUUUAAAUAUAUGUAAUUGCAAAAA